GGGAUGUGAUCACUCUCGUCAUGUGCAAGUGCUGAGAGCAGGCUCCUGCGCCGACGGACGACGGACGGACUGUAGGGGUGGUGGAACAGCAGAAGAGAGAAUACGUCGCUGGGAAAAUUACUCUGCGCGGGGAAAGAAGGGGAGGGAGAGCCAGGCACGGGGCUCUCCUGAACACGCGUCUAGCGCAACACACGCCGAACAUGGCGGAGCACCACUCAGCCUCCGACGGCAGCAAGCACAAAGCAUCCGCCAACGCGGGAAGCGCGAUGCUGGGGAGCAGCCGCGCCAGCGCUGCGAGCGGAGGAGGGGGCGGCAAGGGAGGCCUCUCCGGCGGACUGACGCAGCCAGCAGGGUGGCAGUCUCUGCUCUCGUUCACGAUACUUUUCCUCGCCUGGCUGGCGGGCUUCAGCUCGAGACUUUUCGCGGUGAUUCGCUUCGAGAGCAUCAUUCACGAGUUUGACCCAUGGUUUAACUACAGAUCCACCCACUACCUCACAUCCAAUGGGUUCUACGAGUUCCUCAACUGGUUCGAUGAGAGGGCGUGGUACCCGCUCGGCAGAAUAGUCGGGGGCACAGUGUACCCAGGUCUGAUGGUGACGGCGGGCCUGAUCCACUACGUGCUGAACCUGCUCCACAUGACGGUGCACAUCCGCGACGUGUGUGUGUUCCUGGCGCCGGUGUUCAGUGGCCUGACGGCCAUCUCCACCUUCCUGCUGACGCGCGAGCUGUGGAACCAGGGGGCGGGGCUGCUCGCCGCCUGCUUCAUCGCCAUCGUGCCCGGGUACAUCUCCCGCUCCGUGGCCGGCUCCUUCGACAACGAGGGCAUCGCCAUCUUCGCCCUGCAGUUCACCUACUACUUAUGGGUGAAGUCCAUCAAAACGGGCUCGGUCUUCUGGACCAUCGGCUGCUGCCUAGCCUACUUCUACAUGGUGUCAGCAUGGGGAGGCUAUGUGUUCAUCAUUAAUCUAAUUCCACUGCAUGUGUUUGUGCUGCUUCUGAUGCAACGCUUUAGCAGAAGAGUCUACAUCGCUUACAGCACUUUCUACAUCGUGGGACUGGUGUUGUCCAUGCAAAUCCCUUUCGUAGGAUUCCAGCCAAUCAGAACCAGCGAACACAUGGCCGCAGCUGGUGUGUUUGUGCUGCUCCAGGCCUAUGCGUUCCUGCUGUACCUGCGAGACCGUCUGACGCGUCAGGAGAGGCAGGCCCUCUUCUACAUGGGCGUGGGCUCCGCGGGCCUGGUGGUCUUCCUCACCGUCAUCUACCUGUCCUGCAUAGGUUGCAUCGCACCAUGGAGUGGUCGUUUCUACUCGCUGUGGGAUACAGGCUACGCUAAGAUCCACAUCCCCAUCAUCGCUUCAGUGUCGGAGCACCAGCCCACAACCUGGGUGUCCUUCUUCUUCGACCUGCACAUCCUGGUCUGCACGUUCCCCGCCGGACUCUGGUUCUGCAUAAAGAACAUCAACGACGAGCGUGUCUUUGUGGCCCUGUACGCCAUCAGCGCUGUGUACUUUGCGGGCGUGAUGGUGCGGCUGAUGCUGACUCUCACGCCGGUGGUGUGCAUGCUCUCGGCCAUCGCCUUCUCCAGCGUCUUCGAGCGUUACCUGGGCGACGACAUGAAACGUGAGAGCCCGCCCGCCGACGACAGCAGCGACGAGGAUGACAAACGUAACCCUGGCAACCUUUAUGACAAGGCUGGUAAGGUGCGUAAGCACGUGUCUGAUCAGGAGAAGGCUGAGGAGGGCCUGGGCCCCAACAUUAAGAGCAUAGUCACCAUGCUGAUGCUGAUGCUGCUGAUGAUGUUUGCUGUCCACUGCACCUGGGUCACCAGCAACGCCUACUCCAGCCCCAGUGUGGUGCUGGCCUCCUACAACCAUGAUGGGUCUCGGAACAUUCUGGAUGACUUCAGAGAGGCGUACUAUUGGCUGCGGCAGAACACGGACGAGCAUGUGCGUGUCAUGUCCUGGUGGGACUACGGCUACCAGAUCGCCGGCAUGGCCAACCGGACCACACUGGUGGACAACAACACCUGGAACAACAGUCACAUAGCACUGGUGGGUAAGGCCAUGUCAUCCAAUGAGAGCGCGGCGUAUGAGAUCAUGAGGAGCCUGGAUGUGGACUAUGUGCUCAUCAUCUUCGGCGGCGUCAUUGGCUACUCGGGUGAUGACAUCAACAAGUUCCUCUGGAUGGUGAGGAUAGCGGAGGGAGAGCAUCCCAAGGACAUACGGGAGAGUGAUUACUUCACGCCUCAGGGAGAGUUCCGUGUGGACAAGGCCGGCUCCCCAACUCUCCUCAACUGCCUCAUGUACAAGAUGUCCUACUACCGCUUUGGGGAGAUGCAGCUGGACUUCCGGACGCCUCCAGGCUUCGACCGGACCCGGAAUGCCGAGAUCGGCAACAAAGACAUCAAGUUCAAGCACCUGGAGGAGGCCUUCACCUCGGAGCACUGGCUAGUGCGCAUCUACAAGGUGAAGAAGCUGGACAACCGCGAGCGCCUUGACCACAAGCCCCGCGUCACCAACACCGUCCCCAAGCAGAAGUACACCAACAAAAAGAGUGCCAAGAGGAAGCGUGGCUACAUCAAGAACAAGCUAACACUGAAAAAAGGCAAAAGGCACAGCAAGAAAUAAUGUGGAACUACGGACGAGGUCAAGAUGAAGGGAAAAAAACCGAAACAAACUGUACAUACAAUCUAAUUAACACAACACACGCAAAGAGAAGAGAAACUUGACCAAUGAUGAUGGGACGAAACAAGAGGUCGAGGGGAAAAGACGAGGAUCAGGUUUGGGAGCCUACAAGUGCUCAGCUUGAAGUUUUAGUGCUGUACUGGUGCCACCUUGUGGCUGUUGUGAGUGGGUGUUAAUCUAGCAACCUGGAGGGUGGUCGAUCAGCCUCUAUCCGAGGAUGUUAGGCCCUACUGUUCUGAUUUGUAUCUCUAUCUGUCAGUCAUUUUUGUUUUCCUUUUCCCCCCACGAAUGUUACUUGAAUGUGUGAGCUUGUGUGGAGGCACAACUUUGCUGGGACUCUCCUAAGCACUAUGGUCAUGGUCGAGAGUGGCAGUUGACCCUGGGGGGGUGGAGGGUGGAGAGUGGAGAGGAUAUGGCCGUUUUGACAUCAGGCUGGGAGCUACUGCACCAAAGAACCCUUGUUCUCCCUCCCUGUAGGUAGCUCAGAAGACUUGGCACCUCUCCACUCCAUGGAGAAGGUUCCAGAACAAGUUCCUGACUCGUAUACAGGAGAUAGUAUGCGGCAGGGAGGAACUGCAGCAAGUUGGGUACAGCUCUAUCUAAAUUGUGUUUAAUAGGUUCUGUUUUUUUAAUAUUUUGUUUAUUUUUCAUUAUGAGCAUUACUUUGUCAUUAUUGUUUUAUGUUUCGUUUGUCUCAAAAAAGGAUGUUUUUCAAAGACAAGGGAGAAGAAUGCUGAGCGUGUAAAUAUGUUAUGUAAAGAGAAUGUUUGAAAGGGUUAUGAUAAUAUAUUGUGGUGAAUUUCUUUUAAUAUGCAAAGGAAUUUUGAUUUCCUCUUUUUUUUUGCUUUGACUUUAUUACAGUGUUUCUAUGGCAACUCUUAGACCAGUGAAUGCAAUAAUUUUUAAGGAGUUUUGUUUUGAAGAAUGUGAAUUGUUUUCUGACUUUUUUCUUUUCCCUUUUCCCAAGUUGUCUUUUCAUUGAUUGAAAAUUCUGUUCUGAUGUUGGGGAGGGAAAGGAACAAAUCCCAAACUGCAGAAAAAGUAGUGCAACCUCCCUUACAGUGGCAGGGUUUCUCUUUUCAAACAAGACAUUGAUUUAACCUGCCCUUGAACCACUUUUCCCUGAUUGUGAAACGCUGCAAUGCGAACAAAAAACAAACAGGCCAAGAGUGAAGUUUCACAGUUCAGUUUGUGCAGCGGUGAAUUUCUGAACAUUACCGGAUCUUUAAAACCUCCAGGGGUGCUCCUAGGCCCAGUCCUGGGUCCCAUUAGGAUUCCAUUAUUUCUGUCUAGGAACACUGGUGUGUGUGUUUUUUUUUUUGUUUUGUUUUGUUUUUUGAAUGGAUGUACUUUUCGGAAACCGGGGGAGACAGGUCUACCACAUAUCAGAGACUGCGUGCUUGUCUGUCAUUGACUCCCGGAGUUUUGUGUUUACCCUACAAUUGCAUCAUUUGCUGCUCCUCUCUCCGCGUGCUCUGGCAGUGAAAACAUUUCCGCUUUCAUCUCUUUGUUUUAGGAGCAAUUUUCUGAACGGAGGCAGCUUUGUAGUGUUCGGCUGCCUCGUCCGUGAACAGGAUUGCAUCUGUCACCACUGUCUCGCUCACUUGUAGUGCUGGCUGGUUUCGAAAUCAUAUAGAUUGUGUUCAAGUGACAGCUUGACAAACUCUUUUAUCUACAUGAAUGAUUGAAGUGUUGGGGAUGCAUUCGUUGAUGUGAGCACUGGUGGUUGUAUGAUGUUUGCUUUUUUGUUAUUAUUUUUUAUUUGUGUGGUGUCUGACUGCAGUCUGUUGUGUGGAGUCUGGAUAAAGCCUUAAAUGUGAAAAUUGUCCCUUUACUAGUCCUGUUUUCAAAGCUCUCUUUCUGUUGCUUUCAUGUCUGUUUUUUAUCCUCUUUUAAUUGGCUCUUAUCCCCUCUGCAGCUAUGGUUUUCACUGUGUAGCUGUCUUGUUUUCCCCCUUUUGGUUCUGCCUUUUGUCUGUUUUGUGUGUCUUGCCUCUGUUUGUGAAUGUAUUUUUUUAUUAUUAUUAUUAUUCCAUCAGUAAUUCUCUUUUUUCACACCCCAAACACCAGGUUUACCAUUUUUUUACAUUGUAGCUCGAAAUGCUUGGUUGAGUCCUGACAAA